CACCCAUCAGCCUCUUCUUCCCCCCCCUCUCCACACUUCAUCUCUCCUCCUUUUCCUAGCGACCGGUAGCGGGGGAGAGGAGCUGGGCACGGCGGGUGAGGAUGGGCGACCGCCCGACGGAGAGGAGCUAGACACGGAAGGCCGAUGCGGCGGGCGUGGGCGGCGGUCGGCGGGAGAGGAGCUGGGUGGUGGUGCUCAGGCGAGGGCGGUGGCGUCACUGAGCUCGACCGGCCGUCCCCAUCUUCUCGACGGCGACGCAUGGAGAGAAGGGCCGGCAGGCUGGUGCGCGGCUGUGGGCGACGUUGUCACCGAGCUCAACCGGUCGCACGACAGAGAGGAGCUGGGCGUGGAAGACCGGUGCGGCGGGCACGGGCGGCGGCCGGCUGGGGAGGAGCUGGGUGGUGGCGCUCAGGCACGAGCGGCGAUGUCACCAAGCUCGACCGGCCGUCCCCAUCUUCUCGAUGAUGGGGCAUGGGGAGAAGGGCCGGCAGGCCGGUGCGCGCGGCGUCGUCACCGAGCUCGACCAGCCAUCCCCAUUUUCUCACCAAGGAACACGCAAGAGGGGCGGUCAUUGUCGCCGGUGAGCUCGCGGGAGCUUGGGGAGUCUGGCGAUGGUGGCUUGCCUCGACCUCCCGACGAGCUAGGCACCAUCGCGGCGCCACGAUCCGCGGCUCUUUCGCCUGGUUGGAGUCGAAGCUGGAGCGGGCGCGACCGCUGGAGGGGACCGCUCCACAUCGGUGUCGGUGUCCAGCGGCCAUGGUGAUGAUGGCGGCGGGCGUCCGUCAGCGCCCGCACAGGAGGAGCUGGCGGCUCUGGUGGCAGAGAGUGCGAGGAACCACCGCCCGUGUGUCGCUCCUCCCUGCCCGCCCUGCGCAGCUCCUCCCACCGCCGCCUGUGCCCGCCUCCCGCGCCCAGCUAGCCAGCCGCUCCCUCGCUGUCCGCCGCCUGUGCUUGCUGCCCGCGCCCAAGCUAGCCAGCUGCUCCCCUGCCGUCCGCCGCCCACACCUAGCUGCUCCCCCCCUCCCCCGCCGCCCGUGUAUAGGAGAGGAGAGGAGAGAUGAAGAGAGGAAAGAGGAAGAAGAGGCUGACGGGUGGGGCUCACAUGGGUCCCACUCUAAGUCAGCUGCUACAUUGGACAAAACAGAGUCAAAAUCACCGAGGGAUCAGUUUGCACUGAUUUUAUAAGUUGGAGGAUGCGUUGUAUCCGGUUUGGUUUUGUGGUUCAAGGACGAUUUUAUAUCUCGAUGACAAGUUGAGGGACCUUCAGCGUACUUUUUCCACUGCAAAAUGGAAGCCCGUGUAUGGAACACGGUCCGGCCCAGCCCAGCACGGUCCACUACCUUGUCGCCGCGCGGGGCACCGGUCAGAUCAGUUUGACUCCGUUUCCGUCCCCACCAAACUGAGACAGACUCGGAGCCCCUCCCCCCUUCUAGCUAACCGGCGCCACGUCACGCCAGUACUCCACCGCGCCUCGGCCUCGGCCUCGCUCUCGUCGCCUCCCCCGCUCCGCCCAAAACGGAACCGAACCAAACCAAAACCCUACGAAGAGGGGGAGAGCAGAGCAGCAGCGGCGGCGGCGGCGAAGGCGGAGAGAGCGCGCUCGGCGCACGGCAUGGGUGUCUCCGCCGACGGCCUCGUGCUCAAGGCGGCGUGCGAGCGCUGCGGCUCGUCGUCGGACCUCCACGGCACGGGGUGCCGCCACGCCACCCUCUGCGUCUCCUGCGGCAGCGCCAUGGCUCGCUCCGGCGAUUGCUGCCCCGUCUGCGCCGCCCCCAUCGCCAGCCUCAUCCGGGAGUACAAUGUCCUGGUGGAUACCACCGGAGAGAAGCAAUAUACGAUCGGCAAAUUCACCACCGGUGUGCCGCCCUUCUCCGAUAGGGAGAAUGCGGGGAGCCGCAGCUGGUCUCUUCAUCCCGAGGGACAGCAAGGACGGCAACCUACCGGCAAUAUAUGGGAGAAUUGCAGCAACAGAAAGUCAUGUAUUUUGGAAGAUGAUACAGGUGACUAUCAGUACCAAGGUCAAAUUCAGGGCUUACAAUCUGCAGCCUCGACAUAUUAUUUGUUGAUGAUGCAUGGCAAGGAUGUACACGCUGUUCCCGCUGAUUCCUGGUAUAACUUCAGUAAAAUUUCACAGUACAAACAGCUGACUUUGGAAGAAGCUGAAGAGAAGAUGAGCAGGAGGAGAAGCACAGCAACUGGGUAUGGACGGUGGAUGAUGAAGGCGGCUACAAAUGGAGCUGCUGCUUUUAGUUCAGAUGUGACGCAGCUCGAUGAUGCUAAUGAAGGAGAAACAGAUCAGGUUCACCUGAAGAAAGGCAACAAGAAUGGGGAUGAAAAUAAAUCUGAUAAAGGCAGUGGGGAAGAAAGAGCGCAUGUGCCUAUGACAAAGGGUAGGGAGGAGGAAGGUAGUAAAGACAGAGACUUUGAUUUGGAUGAUGAAAUUGAAAAGGGUGAUGAUUGGGAACAUGAAGAGAUCUUUACUGAUGAUGAUGAAGCUGUGGACGUUGACCCAGAGGAAGGAGGUGAUUUAGCUGAUCCUGAAAUCCCUGCUCCACCAGAAAUUAAGCAGGAUGAUAAUGAGAAACAUGGAGGGGUAGGCCUGAGCAAAUCUGGUAAGGAACUAAAGAAGUUGCUCCGCCGUGCCGCGGGACAAAACGAGUCUGAUGAUGACGAUGAAGACACGGAUGAAGAUGAGUCACCAUCGCCAGUACUUGCUCCGAAACAGCAGGAUCAACUCAAAAGUGAACCACAGGAAGACAACCAUUCUAAACCAACAGUUCUCGGACAUCCUUAUAGCACUCCACAUGUUUCCAAAUCCAAUCAAAAGAGGAGACAAAGGGGUGAUGAUUCAAAAACUUGUGCUACCCCUAAAAAGCCGAAGAUAGAGCCUGAUACCAAGAAGAUAGUCGUGAAGGAGGAGACCUCGUGUUCCUUGGAACCAACUUCAGAACCAUUUGCCUCAGCGAGAAGUGAUACAAAUGUAUCUCCUAUUACAGUGGAGGAAAUCAGGGUGGUACUUCGUUUAUAUGCACCUAUCGCAAUGCGAGAUUUUUCAAAAGAUUUUAUGCCCAGAUUUUCGCCUCGACUAAGAAGUCCAGAGGACAGGGAAGUUUUUCUCGCCAAUCUGAGGAAAAUCUCACACCUGCAGAAGAUCAAUGGCCAGAAGUACAUCAUCCUUCUAGAGGAAUAUAAAUAAAAUGACAAAACCUGCAGAGUUGUGUAUGCUGUUAUGCUCCCCUUGGCUCGAGCUUAGCAUGCCUGCCCUUCUAUCCUGAAAAUUAGUAGAUGCUUGCAGUUGCAGAACGUGACAGGCUUAACACAUAUUCUUGAUUGACCUCAUAUUUUUCAUACUAGUAUACCCCCUUGUAAGUUGUAACAACAAAUGAUAGUUUGUCAUACUAUUAGCAAAUGAUAGUUUGUCAUACUAUUGUUUUGUCGUGCUGAAUAGCUCUGAUGGGCAAUAAUCUGCUUGAUCAGGUUUAAUGUUUAA